AAAACGUCUCCUCUCGCCGCAGACUCUCAUCUGAUUAGUGCGCCUGAGCCGGGGAAACACUGGAGUUGUCUCGGUAAUGAGCGUUACGACGAGGCGGUCCGUGGGAGGGGUCUGCCAAACCUUCCCCUCUAAUUGACCAGGGAGCAGAAGCAGUCGGGGGGAAGCGAGCAGCCACAGACGGAGGGAGAGGUACUCAGAAAGAAAAAAAAAACCCGCAUGUAGUUACUUCAUAGCCUAUUACUGGAACACAUUAUGGGAAAUUAGAUUUAUUAGCGUGUCGCAUGGCUACUAAGUGUUUUGUUGUUGGGGAGCGCGCAGGAGCCAGAAAAAAAAAGUGUUGCUGAGCAGUGGAAAUAUUCUAUUGUCUUUAUUUAUUUAUUUUUUAUCAUGACGUGAGUCAUGACUUGCCGGGCUUUACUUUUAAAUGCUUUCGGUGCAAAUCGCAGAGAGGAGCUCGUGGAUUUCUUCGCGCAAACCGCAAAACACGCGAAGAAUUAAACUUGUCGCCUCAGUGACUUUAAAUCUCCCCUUGCUUCCCUUUGUGCGUGUUCCGCUGGCAGAGAAGGGCGCAUGGGCUUGACUACGCGGGGGACCCAGCCCGUGCUCAAAUGGCUGAUCUCGAACUGUUUUACUUUGAUCAUCAGUCCGAUCUCAGAGACGCCUCCCUGCUUUUAAAUGGGUGUCAAAGUGUCCCCGAAACCGGAGGAGGAGGACGCGGCGGCGGCGGCGGCGGAAAGUCGGCGAGUCCUUGCGGGGGAGACGCUUCAGCACCACGGACAGAGACGCGGAGAGCGGCGCAGUCGGAGGAGGAAACAGAAACAUCUUUCACCUGCAGGAAGCAACACGAUGGAGACAGGGACGAUGAUGUCCUGCUGAUAGGGACACACGCCUACCGGCUGAGUCAGAGCUCCUCCAGUGAACUGUAUGAAGAGGAGGAGGAGGAGGUGAUGGUGGACGAGGAGGAGGAGGAGGAGGAGGAGGAGGAGGACAUGCCGGAACUUUACUUGCUGUCCGACGACGACCUCUCCUCCGACGGCUCGGGAAAGUCCGUGGAUUACGGCUUCAUCAUCGCCGUGACCUGCCUGGUGACGGGCAUCUCUCUCGUCGCCAUAUCCUACACGGUCCCCAGGGACGUCCGCGUGGACCCGGACACCGUGUCCGCCCGGGAGAUGGAGCGCCUGGAGAGGGAGAAAGCCCGGGUGGGCGCCCAUCUGGACCGCUGUGUCAUAGCGGGACUGUGCCUGCUUACCCUCGGGGGCGUGCUGCUCUCCACGCUGCUCAUGGUCUCCAUGUGGAAAGGGGAGAUGAUGAGGAGGAAAGCCUUCGCUUAUUCCAAACACGCGGCAAAGUUGUACGGAUCGAUCAGUUUGAGGGGAGGCUCCAGCCCGACGCGUGAAUCCUGCUCGCAUUUGUCAGGGGCUGAUGAGGAUUUAGAGGUGCUCAGCUGAAUCUAUGGACAGGGCCGGGGGGAAAAGACUCGGAAAUCCCUGACAGUGCUGUCCUGUGAUCGGAGGCUUUUAAUGAGUUUUGAACUUCUAACAGCUUAUCCUGCUGUCUUUGGUUGAUAUCUUUAAUUUUUUUCCAACCCUGCUGCAACGUAAGUUCACAUGAGAGUGUGGAGGAUCCGUGCAACCCCAGCAAAAAUCAGAAGGACUAGCACAUCCACGAGAUCUGGAGACUUAUCGGAUACCGGAACACUGAUCAGUAUGAGGUUCAUAAAACUCUGAGACAGGGUUUCCCAACUCUGGAAAGUUGUCGUGGUGCCAAAAAUGUUAUCUUUUGUUUGCGACGGAUAGAGGCAGAGUGUUCAAAGUGAUCUCCAGCAGCGUGAGCUUGCAUGAAUCUGAUCUGACUCACAGCAGCAAGUUGCAGCCAGAUGCUGCCAAGCCAAAGCUUCCUCGUUCAAAUGAAUGAGUGGGCUGUGCUUUUUCUUUCUUUUUUUUUUAUCUUUUGUUUGUGUCAAACUUAAAGACUUUUUAAUCCCAUUGUGUUGUCUUAUCCAUCCGCUGUCAAAAACCACACGAUGAGAGGAAAGUUGUUUUUGUUUUUUGUUUUUUUUAACUGCAGCUUGAGUUUAACCGGCGUCGAAAACAGGAUCAGAAGAAACACAUAUCACGGGAAACAAUGCAUCUAUUCCCCCCCUUCACGCUGUAUCUAUUAAUAAAACGGAGGGAAAGUACUCACUACUGUUUCUAAAAACGGGUGCAGCGUUGUUGUGCUUCGUUUUUUGCCGCUUGCAUGAAAUCUAGCAGAGCUGCAGAUGAGGAUCAGUCAUCAAUGCACACUUUUGGUUUAGGCCACGAUUAGACGCUAACGUCCCUCUUCCUCCUCCUGCAGGCUGAGGCCAAAUUAGUCUCAAGUGGAAAUAUAACAAUAAUCACGUGAGGUCUCAAGGGGUUAAAGGACAGACUGUGUGUGUGCAUGUCACCACCGUGUUUGGAUGGACCUGAACUAAUGUGAAUCUGUUCUUUAAGUUAAAAAAAAUAUGCACAUACGAAGACGGAUUUUCGGAAAUGUCUAUUUUUCUUUCCAUCUCUGUUUACCACUGCUCCUGUACACGGCAGCUGCAUCAGACGUGAACCAGGAGUGCUGCUCUGUUCAGCUUCCACCUUGUCAGAAAAGGCACUCAGCUGCAGCUAACAAAGGUCUGCCCCCACAAAAAUAAAUAAAUAAAUAAAUAAAUGAAAAACAACUGCACCAA